AUGUUCAAGAAAAUCAAAGGUGCUCUUGGUGGGAAAAAGAAGAAAGAGGACUCUCACACUGAAGAAGCGUCUUCACCCCCAGUGGCCUCGACCCCGCCUCCAGCAGCACAACCCGAUCCAGUACCAGCGCCAGCUCCUGUUCCUCCUCCUGCUGCUGCAGCGCCUCCUGUAGAAGUACCCGUUCCCGUGGCGCCACCCCCACCCGCUGCUGUUGCCCCGCCUCCACCUGCUGCUGUUGCCCCUCCACCACCAACACCGGCUCCUGCUCCACAACCACCCAAAGCACGGAUUGUCCCACCACCGGCUCCAGCACCACGUCCUCGCCCGGUCCCUCCUCCUAGAAGAGAUGUGGCAUCGGCGCCCAUUAAAUCCGCCACAGUACUGACGGCGUCCGGGAUCGCGGAUGAUGCCAAAUAUUCGACCAGUGUUCCCGGUGGUAUUCCAGCUCCCGACUAUGCGGUCGCCAGAAGCAAUUUGCCCAAGGAAACACACUUCCGAACCCCAGAACCUCUGGAGUAUGUCCGUAAAUUGGUCGACACGGCACCCGCUGGUUUGUUGGCCAGCAUUGUGGGAGAUAUUCAAGAUGUCGCCUAUGGAUACAUGGAUGUCGAUUUUCUACGCGACCUGCAAACCAAGGAUCAACAGAAAAAAGGCAUGGCCAUGGGCGUGGCCCAACAUCACGCCUUGGGACCGUAUCUGGCACAAGAAAUUUCCAAUUAUCAGACACAAAAAUAUUCUCCCCGUAACGUCACAUUUUAUCGAAAUAUUGGUCCCGGAUCCAAACCGAGCGAACUCAUCGUGAACACCCAUGCCGAAUUGUUGGAUGGCAACAACUCACGGACGGGAGAGUGGAGUGCCGAGUGGACCGUCAAUGCCGAAUCCUGGGCUCAAGCCGAAAUGUCGGGACAAGUCCAAACGAGAGCAUGGUGUUACGAAGACUCGACGGCACACAUGUCGGCCACGCAAACGUUUGGACCCACGGUGGUGGCAGCCACCACUCAAGAAGUACCGCUCGCAAAAGUCAUCAUGCUGCAGAUUAUUCAAUGGGAAAAGGAAAUGCUGACGGCACUGAAUGCCGUCUAUGAAGACGAAAUGGAUGCCACGCUCAAAGCCAUUCGAAGAACCUUGCCCAUUACCAGGACACGGUUGAAGUGGGAUCUGAUUGCCCAGCGUGCUGUCAAGAAACGAGAAAUGAAGGGUUAG